CCACUAUCUGUUCACGUGAACAAUUAUGCUGGACUUCACGAGCAUGUGCUGUAUGGUAACGAAGUAGUAUUGCAUCACCUGAACGCUAGGAAGACAGUAGUUUUUAUCACUCUAAACGCUAGACCUUCCGAAAAACAGUUGUUGACUUACACAAGUAAAUAGAUCUCCCUCAAACUGUACACACCAUGACAUCAACAACAUCCAGUCUCCAAAGAGUUUUUAUUGGCCUUGUGGCGUUUGGUGUCUGCUACUUGCUUGGCAUGCUAUACACAAUGGAUUUAUCAGACCUCCACCCUAGAAUAAAACCACGACACAUCACAGAAAAAGAAAUAAGAGGACCUACGUAUCACAAGCAUAAAAUUGAUCCAAUGGAUGUGAACCUUAGGGAAAGUUAUGAAAGUCGGCGAUCGUUGAUUGAUAUUGCCAAACCACAUUUAUUGUCUCGAAGAGAGAUUUUGAGUUAUCAUCGAGAGACCCUGGAUUACCCUGUGGACCCGACCGAAUCAGUGCAGUUUUAUGAAUCACUUCGUAAUGAGGCAAAUGAUGUCCUAAUGCAGUGUGAUACAUGCGCACUUGUUUCUAACUCAGGUCAACUUUUAGACUCUAGGGCCGGGGACGAUAUCGAUUUAGCACAGUGUGUGUUCAGACUGAAUGCUGCUCCGUCACUUGGAUAUGAAUUGGAUGUUGGUAGAAGAACAACUGCCAGGAUUGUCUCGCACAGAAGCAUUUCAGAUUUAGCUGGUAAUGCAACAGAGUUGCUCAGUCGAAACAGGUUUUUACAAAAUGUCUUCUUGCAUGGUCCAGAAUAUAAAUUUAACACUGGAAAAGCCCCAGCUAUCCUGCAGAGCCUGCUGCAAAAAUACACUGAUGUUGGAUUCUACAAACUCUCUAAAAUAGCAGAGUCUCGAUUGGACAAAGAGUACGAGAUGCACACUGGAAAAUCAAGGGUGUCAACAGGGACUGAAUAUUCCACUGGACUUUAUGCCUUGAGUGUUAUGACAGAUGUCUGUAAUAAUGUUGUAGUUUAUGGAAUGAUACCAGAAACCUACUGCAGUGAACAUCCGACCAGCAAAGUGCCCUACAGUUAUUACAAACCUCAGUCUGCACCUGAAUGCUUGAUAUAUCAGUACCAUGAAGAAAUAGAAAGCGGUGGACAUCGAUUAAUGACGGAGAGGAGGGUGUUUAAAGCAUGGGCUCUAUCAAAUAACAUCACAUUUAGUCAUCCCAGGUGGUAAAAAACAAUUAUUACCAGUAGUAUUUUUUUAAAAAACGUCCCAAAUAAUUUAUAUUCUCACUCAACUGCAUUUACGAUUUGCAAGAGAUAAUUCUGGGAGGAAAGGGAUAAAGGAGAAGCUCAGUCAUGUUUGGUAACCAGUGAGGAAACAAGAAGGUUGGUAGGAAGUUAUAGCUGUGGGAGAAAUGCAGAGUUUAUGUACUGAAGAGUUGUACAAUAUUUGCAUUACCAAUCGUUUGAGUGCAACAGAAUAAUGCAUAUACUUGAAGUGACAUUGCUUUCAAGAACUAUUCUGAAGUUUAUUUCUAUGAUAUUUGAAUUAUUUAUUUUCCAAGUGGGUAUUGGUUGAAACUAAACUGCCACUCUACAUUUUUUUUUAAAUGAACUAUUUUCAAGUUUUAUCUUUAAAAAAUGAAAACACAUUUUAUUAGAAUUUCAACAAAACAAUGCAAAUGCUGAGAUGAAAUGUUAUAUUUAAAUAAAUUUGAUAAGAUGGUACCACCUUGAGUUGUACCUGUUGUGCCCAAUGUUCUAGAUUUUUUUAGUAGAUUUUUUCCCAUGAACUGCUGUGAACAGUUAUGUUAAAGCCACAAUUCAUGGCUUAACGUUUAUUUUUCUAUUUAUUGUAUAGCACUUUGAACACCAUCAGUUUUUCCACCAAUAUUUUGUUCUUGUUUAUGUAUUUUUCUAUAAUUUCUCAUUAAUUUUUUAUCAAUUGGGUGUUAUGUUUUGACAAAAAUUUUUGACAUUUUGUGUGUGAAAUAUAACUAAGGGCAUUCAAUGAUCAGAGAAAGUCUGACAAUGUUUCGCUGCAAUUGACAUAUUUUUCAGCAAUCAAUGUUAGGCCAGACUUUUAUUAUCCCUUGUUUCGCGAACCCACCGAAUGAACAGGAGCCGAAAAUGAAAUAAAAAUAAAUUUUUAUUUCAGCGUAAUUUCUAGCGCCCGCCCGUCGACUUGUAAGCGCAAAAAAAUGCUAAAAAAAUAUUAUUUUUAUCUUUAUUUUUUUACCGCCCGCCGCAUAACAAAUCCAAGUUGCAUUUUCGUGGGAGUAUCAUGAUCAAAGUACCGAAGUCUCGCGCAGAUGAGAAACAAGGUUAUACAUGGGGUAACAUUUUAUUUCAUUUCUUCUCUCCGAUCAAUGAUAUCACUUACAAUUCUUUGAGAAUCACACAAAUCUAAUGGAAAAAAGGUUUAAUUUUAUUUUUUUCCCCCACCCUCAAAAAAAUUGCCUUAUAAAAACUUGAAUAAAAGUCUGGCCUUAUGUUAGUAGCCACAAGUUAUCUACUAUUAACAUUAUUGUCUGACAUUGUUUUGAUUAUUCUCUUUAUACUUAAAUGUUUUUCUUGAGGGUAAUUUAUUGUAAGCAAGAAAAAGUUAGUAAAUUGGAUUUAGCAGGCUCCUGGUUUUAGACAAAAAUACUCGUGAAAGUAAUUUGUUUUCUUAUCAGCCAUGCACUAGGUGGGGGCCCUUAUAUAACCAACAACAAAUUAUUUUCAAAUCUGCUAAAACCCAUUUCUGAAAACUCCUUCUUGUGG